AUGUAUUAAGAUAAUUUAGAUGAAGAUGAUAAAUUAAAAAAUGAUAUUGAAAAAUUCCGAAGUCUUCUUGAUGAAGAGGUUGAAGGGAAUCAUAGAUCUGAAUAUUUGUAAAAAUGCUAACAAAUGUCAGAAAAUAUCAAAAAAGAAAUAUAGAAGCGUAUUAAAAAAGGUGAUGAGAAUCAUAUCAUGAAAUUAAUGAAAUUUUAUUCACAAUAAAAUAAACGAUUACUAGAAAUGGAAUAAUAUCAUAAUGUUGAUGAAGAUACUAGUUUAUUAUAGGAGCACUAAGUCGAAGUUUAAUUAUUUGAGGAUAAUGUAACAUAAAGAAAAUAGAGAUUGUAAAAUGUUCAUAAGAGCAUAGAAACAGUCAAAGGUAUUUAUGAAAAAAUCCAUGAGAUUGCUACUUAGUAAGUUGAUUAAAUGUUUACAGUUGAAGAAAAUUAUGCCUAUGCUGAAAAUAAAACUUAAAAAGCUAAAUAAGAAUUAAUAAAAGCAUAGCAAUCCUAACAAACUAAAAUUUUAUACCGGAUAGCAAUAAUUUGUGUUUUAAUUGUAAUUAUUGGGAUUAUGCUUUAUAAAUGA